AGAAAGAACUAUAGCAGGUGGAUACCCUGGCGGGAAACAGGACGCAACAUCGCGGCAAUGAGCUACUUUGCCCAGAACCGUGUGUAGGAAUACCGGAUAGCCCGAGCAGCAGCCGCAAACUUACUCUAGAUCUGUGCGGAACUAAUCAUUUGGGAGAUAAAGUUUUUUGAAAAUAGUGUUGCCAGAACACCCCUCAUUUGUUAUCCUUGAGGGACAUCAGAGUUUGUAGAAAAUGGGCGAUGAAGCGACCACGUCGCUGACCUUUGUCAGUACCUCUGCGUACCAUGGCAGUGAAAAUGCUCCCGCACAGGGCAAGGUCAUAACUGCAAGAACUGGUUCGGGCACGGAGGAGUUUGGUAUUGCAAGCGGUGAAGUGGAGUAUACAGGCGAACGCAAACCACUGCUUGGCAAGGGAGCCGACACCGGUGCACCGUCGGAUGGCAAGGGCGCGCUAGCCCGCGACCUCACGCUGAUCAAUGCAAUCGGUCUGGUGGUGGGUUCGAUCAUAGGUUCCGGAAUUUUCAUCACACCCAAUCAGGUCUUGGAGCAAACUGGCUCAGUGGGUGUCUCAUUCUUUGUGUGGAUUGGCUGUGGAGUUUUGGCCAUUGGUGGAGCAUUGUGUUUUUGUGAGCUGGGUACCAGUAUACCUAAUGCUGGAGCAACUUAUGCGUAUAUACUACGCGCAUUUGGAGGUCUGCCGGCUUUCCUCUACAUUUGGACUGCGGCGUUUGUCAUCCGUCCGGCAUCGCGUGCGAUUAUCAGCUUGGCGUUCGCUGAGUAUCUUUCUCGGCCGUUCUACGGUCCUCAAAACAACAACCUACCCAACUCGUCAAACUCGACACUCAACUUCACGUUGAUGGAGGGCGGCCCGGAUGAUGAUUUUGACCCGCGGGAGGGUCCAGCUCCCGUGUGGCUGGUAAAGCUACUCGCAGCACUCUGUGUCACUAUCCUAUGCCUAGUGAACAUCUACGGUGUCAAGUUGAUGGCCAAGGUUCAGGAUAUCUCCAUGGUGGUGAAGCUGCUGGCUAUUGUACUGCUAAUCAUCACUGGAUUGAUAUACAUUGGGCAAGGGAACACCGAGAACAUCAAGAACUUCAUGAACGGCACUGAUGUGUCUGCAGCCAGGUUAGGAAAGGCCUUCUAUGGAGGACUGUGGGCGUACGAUGGAUGGGACACGUUAUUCUUUGCAGCGGAAGAGGUGAAUAACGUUGGCAAGAUAUUCCCAUGGGGUAUCAAGAUCGGCAUGGCUAUAGUGAUCUUUGCCUACAUAUUGGCCAACAUAGCCUACAUGUCACUGCUCUCUGCUCAGCAAAUCAUUGAAACAACCGUCAUUGCAGUGGAUGCGGUGGAUCCCGUCUUGAAGACCGCUGGCGCAGUCUACAUCAUGCCAUUGUUGGUGGCUGUGUCCACGUUCGGAGCUACCAAUGGUGCUACGUUCACGGCCGGAAGACAAACGUUUUCAGCGGCACGAGAGGGAAGCUUCCCGACCUUCCUGUCCGCCGUACACAACAAGUACAAGACACCGAUUUCCGCACUCAUCUUCCAGGCAGUGCUGGCUAUUUUCUAUCUCAUCCCUGGCGACAUUGGUAACCUGGUGGACAUCUUUAGUUUUGCGUCCUGGGUCUUCUAUGGUACCUGCUUUGUGGGCCUGAUUGUCUUGCGAUUCAGAGAGCCACACUUACAUAGACCUUACAAGGUCUUCAUCGUCAUACCCUUCCUGAUGACUCUGGCAGCCGGAUACCUGGUUAUUGCGCCCUUCUUCGACGACCCGUACAAUUCUCUAUACGUAUCGGCAGCCAUUGCAGCCGGCGCUCCAGCAUACUUCAUCUUUACAUAUCCUCGCACCAGUCCGGAUUUUCUACACAGCAUCUCAGAUGUGCUGACACGCUGGACCCUGAUGCUGUGCCGAUCCACUCUGCCCGCGGCUGAUCUGGACUUCUAACUUUACCGGCCACACAUCAAACACGGAUAGAUUUCAACACAUGGAUUAGAUUUGAUGCCUUUGAAGUUUUCUUCCAAAUACUAUACACUCAGUGUCUGAUGAAUUUAUUUUGAAUGGACAUUUUACUUUCUUGGUCAAACGGAAUUUAUAGAAAGUUUAUGCUUUUAAGAGUUAUGAGUAUCUAGCAUAUAAAUGUUUGAUGUGGAGUUGGAGAAAUGAAGCAUCAAUCAUAAUAAUAUGUACAUGUAUUGUAUGAUCUGUUUGAGCAUUACAUUGUAUAUUAUCCUUUGAAUAAUUCACUGAUGUAUUCGAUAUUACUCACGUUUCACAUUGCCUAUCAUUUUCUUCAUUUCCAUUUCUACUUGUAUGAAUUGAUAGAGAGCUGAUUGUUUACAAUCGGGCUAUUUCUUUGAAAUUCUUUGAAUUUGAAGAAUACGACUUACGUAAGA